CAUUCCAGUACAAACAUGAAGACCAUUGUACUCUUUGCCCUUAUCGCCGUUGCGUUCGCAGCUCCUCAGCAGGGAAGUGAAAUUCCAAUUUUAAAACAAGAGAGCGAAGUGAACCCAGAUUCGUAUUCGUGGUCAUACGAGACUGGAAACGGUAUCGCGGCGGAGGAGCGUGGCGCGUUGAAGAAUGUCGGUGCAGAAGAGCCAGCUCUGGAUGUCCAAGGCCAGUUCAAGUACACGGCUGAUGACGGUAGCAACAUUGUGCUGACCUACAUCGCCAACGAAAAUGGAUUCCAACCCCAGGGUGCUCAUCUCCCCACUCCUCCUCCAAUCCCCGCGGCCAUUCAGCGCGCUCUUGACUACCUCGCUACAGCGCCUCCCCAACCAGAGCAAAGGCGCUAGACUUUAGCUCUUAUAGCAACAUUUCUUGCCUAUUUAGUUAUACAUUAACACUUCAAUGUGCUUUAACGAUUACAAGCGGUGCCUACCUCUAAAAGAGAGAUCACUAUUGUCAACAAAUUAAUGACUUAUUAGUUCAAAAACAUGAGUGGAAAACGUUAUGACGUUAGUCCUUAUCUGUAUGAUUAUUAUGUUCGUUCAUGGUGUGAAUUCACAUUGAGUUUAAAAGUAUCAUAAACAUUGGAGUAUUUGCUAUAUCGGAAAGAUAUUUAUUAGAAUGGGCGAUAUUCAAAAUAUUCCAAUAUUUAUGACGAUUGGCUUUGUUAUUCUUUU